CUACCAUACUGAAAGUUGUCGUUUUCCAUUUUCCUACCGGUACAGCUCAAAAUUGACACCAUCGCUCGAUACACCUCUCCGUGUUGUAAAACGGCACCGUACCCAUCGAUAUAUAUCAAUCGUCAUUUCUUAACUCACAGAUCACUUGUUUAUCGACCUCAAUUUAAUAUGGCCACACUAUCCGCUUUGGACGACUUUUUGGAUUCGCCAGAGGCUGACAAAGGAAUCGGUACAGUCGAAGCUCGCCGGUUGGUAUGUAUUCUGGAACAGGUGUGCACGAGUACAACGGCACGUUUACCGCUCAUUGAGAAAUUACGGAUGAUAAACCUGUGUUUACUCGUUCAUUUCUUUACAAUAUUUAUUAAUUCGAUCGUUUCUUUCUGAAUGAAUUCAAUCUACAACAUGCAACAAUUUGAACGCAAAAAAAAGAUAUCGGAAAUUCCAGGUGAUGAAGAUGAAGCAUUCAAAUAUUUUGUGAACAUCGUUGUUCCUCGGAAUCAAUCCGAGGUUUCCGGAGGAGAGGAGAAAGACAGUGGCGCAGAUGAGGAGGACGAAAGCCAAGCAGCAAGAUCUUAUAGGGCUAUGACAAUGUUAAAACAAGACCUUUCGAUCCCAAACAUCCCUUCGGUUUUGAUCAAGAACCCUGACCAAGCCGGACUUUUAGCUAAGGAUCUUUUCGCGGGACUGUCAGUUUCAAAUAGAAAGCGAUACAGUACACUUCAUAUUCGGGAGCUGUUGGAUGCUCUCCUUGAGGUAUACCCCGAAAAAGUAAUGGCGGCAGCCUCAGCGGGAGGUAAGCAGGGCAUUCAAGAACAUCUCGGUCCCCUGUUGUCCACAGAUCAAACUUUGACUGUCUUGACCCAUUUAGUUUGUUAUGGCUGCACAGGUCGAAAGGGUAUCGCUUCAGCCGAAAAGUCAGCACAGCACACUGCAAACUUGUAUCACCAAAACCUAAGAAAUAAGUUUAAGAUCGGUAUUGGUCAAAGGAAAAAGUUUGUUAGGGCAUGCAUGGAUUUUCAAUUGAUGGAUCGUCUCGCAAAGACAAUAACGACGUCUUCGACAGAGGCAGACCUCGGCGAAGAAGCAUGUGAGGCAAUUCUUACAAUGAUUGAGCUUAUUGGAUAUCCUCCGGAAGAUAUUCCACAACAACGAAUGCAACAAGCAACGAACAAAAAAGAAGAAGUUUCAGUUGGAGAAGAAGUUUUGCUCUCGCCCCUGGCGACCACGGAAUGGUGGGCUGCACUUUUGAACACUUUAUGCACUGACACAUGCACAUCCCAACAGCGGCUGGCAAUAUCGCGUACCUGCAUGCAGUCUUUCUCCCUAGCGACUGGCAACUCGUCAAGAAUAUGCAAGUCUCAUGCUCCAGCAACCGAUGCUACAGAACAGGCUGCUGGAGAGGUUGUUGACGAAAAGGAAGUAAAGAUAACCAACAAACUUAUCGAUUGGGGAUUGACCGACAAGAUUUAUGCUUCACUCGUCGCGCAAUUGCCCCUGUUGAUCAAAACACUGGAUCUUCCCAGUCAUGAUAUUCUGAACUACAAAGCGACUUUCUCUACUUCAGGGACCAAUGAAACAAACUUGGAUUUGCCAAUAAUUCGACAUCCAGGUAGAUACUGCACAGUCCCAUUGGGAUCUUGGAGACUACAGCUUCUAUCACUGUUGAAAGAAAUUGUAGUUUAUAGUGGCCUCACUAGCAAAAAGUCUGAGACAAUUGGAGACGCCAUCGAAAGUCUCAUGGUGCUACCCCUGCCGGCAGAAUUAAACAAGUCCAAAAAGAAGGAAGAUGAAAAUGAUAACGAAGACUGCACUAUCCCCGCUAUUUUUAAUCCUUGGCCUGCCCUUUGCUCCUAUAUUUGGGCAUAUCCCAACAAUGAUUUCUAUGGCAUCACAUUUUUCGAAAUGUUGCGUUCUGUCGUUUUGAAGCAUCACGAACCUACGCUGCGUGUAAUUUUGCAAAAAUCCAAGUUUUUGACUAAAGCAAUCAAAUCAGUUUCAAACCAUCAAGAAACAUGUAGUAGCGUGGUUCUGGACUGCCUUAACUUACUAAGGUUACGAGCAAAGUCGCUUCCGCCUAAUACAUUUCUCCCGCAGUAUUUGAAUUCCCACGACGGAUGGAAAGCGCAUAUUGAUCAAUUGAUACAGUAAGUGAAUCGCUUGUGGAUAUUUGAAUUUGAUGCCAAGGAUCACGAUACUAACACUUUAGUGCUUGUUCUUCAAGGACGACAACGACUCAACAAACUCCGAUCAAGAAUGAGGGCAAAACGGUGAACAUCGGACUGGGCAGUGCAUACGCGAAACAACUGGGUCUAGGAGAUGUCUCUGAAUACGAUAGCACCGAGUCCAAAUCGCCAUCGGAUAAUACUCAUCAGUCUGAGCUGGGAGAAACCAACGGAAAAAAGAAAAAAAAGAACAACAAAAAGAAGAAAAAAAAGAAAUAGAGUUCAAUCAUAGAAUCAUGUUUCAUUAAGAAUCAUGGUAGUUGCUAUACAAUCGUAUCUGUAUAUAAGGUCAGCAUA